CCGAGGCCGUUGGUGCCCGGUGGCGUCUUAUCGGCGCGACGCGCCGUCGCGAAGGUCCCCCGGAGCUGGCGGGGAAGGGUGCGUUUAGGGGCGCUCCCGCAGGGCGCCUGGCCCGGUGCGCGCUGCGGUGCUCGAGGGCCCCCCUGCCCCAGGCUGCGUCCCGUCCUCCCCGCUCCCAGGGCUCCCCGGCCGCCGGCCCGUUCCCGGGAGCUACGACAACGGGUAACAAAGAAGCCGCAGGGCCGCGGGCUGCCGAAGCUGCGGGACCCCGGGCGGAGUGGCGGGGCUGAGCGCCUUCCGGGCCCCGUGUCCCGGAUCGCGGCGGCGAGCGCGUGGCGCGGCGACCCCCCCGCUCGGAGCGCCUGGCCCUCGGCGCCCCCCGCAGCCCUCCCCGGCGUCUGCGGACGCCCCAGCCCGCCCCGCUCCGAGCUGCUCGGGCCGUGCGCGAGGAACCCACCGCAGCCUAGGCUUUUUUGAAAUAAAAACUUUUUUUCUCAGUUUCCGUUUGGGGAUUUUUUUUUUUUUUUUUUUGCUUUGUUUCGGUUGCAGUUUGCAGCGCUCGCUACCUCCUCGCCUCCUGGUGUAGGAGCCGCGGGGGGCGGACCUGGGAUGAGCGUUUUGUAAUCUCAAAUCAAGGACUGUGAGUGGCCGCGUCGCAACAGGGCUCAGGAUGGACAAAAAGUCCUUUGAAACGGUGCUGGAUGAAAUCCGGAAGGCUGUUUUGACAGAGUAUAAAUUAAAAGCAAUUGAGUAUGUUCACGGGUACUUCUCCAGUGAACAGGUGGUUGACCUCCUAAGGUACUUCUCCUGGGCAGAACCACAGCUAAAGGCCAUGAAAGCCCUACAGCAUAAAAUGGUGGCCGUCCACCCAGCGGAAGUGGUCAGCAUCCUCAGCUGUUUCACCUUUAGCAAAGACAAGCUGGCUGCCCUGGAGCUCCUGGCCUCAAACAUUGUGGACGCACAGAACUCUCGCCCCAUUGAAGAUUUAUUCAGGAUCAACAUGUCGGAGAAGAAACGGUGCAAAAGGGUCCUGGAGCAGGCUUUCAAAGCAGGCUGCAAAGCCCCUCAUGCCAUGAUAUCUUCAUGUGGAACCAUCCCAGGAAACCCCUAUCCCAAAGGAAAACCCAGCCGUAUCAAUGGGAUUUUCCCCGGAACUCCUCUGAAAAAGGACGGUGAAGAAAGUACCAAUGAGGGCAAAGGAAUAGCAGCACGAAUUCUUGGACCGUGCAAACCACCUCCCUCAACGUACAACCCACACAAGCCUGUCCCCUACCCGAUACCUCCGUGCCGGCCACAUGCGACUAUUGCACCAAGUGCUUAUAACAAUGCAGGUCUGGUACCGUUAGCCAAUGCGAUAGCUCCAGGUGUCCCUCCGCCACCUCCGUACACUCCAAACCCAGUGGGGACAGACAAUGAAGACCUUUCCAGCCAGUCAAAACCUUCACAGAGUCAAACGUUUUCCACCCCAGCAGGCCAACUCUUCUCCCCUCACGGUUCUAAUCCUGCGACUCCUGCUGCGACUCCUGUCCCUGCCGUGUCCCCAAUCAAAGCAGCAAACCAUCCAUCCGUGUCAGCAGCUGCCACUGGGGCCGGAAUGAGUGCUCCCAACGCCGCCCUUUCGGUGUUCCCAACGCCUCAGCCUUCCACACCGAACCCGACUGUGAUCCGGACUCCCUCGGUGCCGGUGACACCUGCCACUUCCGCCCACAGCACCACGCCUGCUCCUGUCCCUUCCAUUUUUUCUGGCCUAGUGCCACUGCCAGGUCCCUCUGCCGCCCCCACCCCAUCCCCUCAGGCCGGCUCCACGGCGAGGGUCACCCUGGCUGCCGGUGAGACGUUUGCUCCCGCCUGUGCCCCGUUCACCAGCCACUCCUCGGCCAGCUCCGCCGCCGGGGCAGCCGGCAACCCCAGCACGGCUUCCCUGUCGUCCGUCUUUACGGGGCUGCCCCUGCCCUUCCCGCCGCCGGCUUCGCACAGCGUCACCACCCCAGCUCCUUCUGUAAUCGCUAGUGCUGCGGGGCCGCAUGGUGUAAACAGCCCCCUCCUGUCCGCCUUAAAAGGCUUCCUCACGUCUAACGACACGCACUUAAUCAGUUCCUCUGCCUUGUCGUCUGCGGUCACAAGCGGGCUGCCGUCGUUAUCCUCUCUUCCCAAUCAAAACUCGGAUCCCCCUGCCUCAGGCACCAACAAGUGCUAUGCCCCUGCUGCUGUCGCUGCCUCCCAGAGGUCUUCGACCCCGGGGGUGACCUUGUUCCCGGGCCUGCAGUCCCCUGUGGCCAGCGCCACCUCCGCGGCCCCGGCGCAGUCCCCGUUGGCUACCCCGUCCUCCGCGGCAGUGCCCGUCAGCUGCGGCUCCUCGGGCUCGCUCCUGCAUGGUCCCCACGUGGGUGGCAUUUCGUCCUCCGCUGCCGCCGCAGCCGUGCCCGUUAUGAUCAAAAGCGAGCCCGCCAGCCCCCCUCCCUCGGCCUUCAAAGGCCCGGCUCACGCCGGCACCCCUGCUCGCGGCGCCUUGGGCCUGUCGGGUGCUCUGGGCCGUGGGUACCCCACAAGCUCAGUGCCCCUCAGCGUGUCCACUUGCCUCAACCCCGCCCUGUCCGGCCUUUCCAGCCUGAGCACUCCCCUGGCUGGCUCCAUGUCCCUCCCGCCACACGCGUCCUCCACGCCCAUUGCUCCUGUGUUCACUGCCCUUCCCCCUUUCACGUCGCUGACCAACAGUUUCCCUCUCCCGGGCAGUCCCUCCCUCAACCCUGCUGUGUCCCUCUCGGGGCCAGCGGCCACCACAUCCGCAACCGCACACCCCAGCUCCGCGCCCGUGCGCCCCGUGCUGCCCGCUUCCAAUGCGUCGCCCGCCGCCUUCCCACUCAACCUGUCCACUGCCGUCCCCUCGCUCUUCGCAGUCACCCAGGGCCCUCUGCCUGCCUCCAACCCUUCCUACCCCAGCUUCCCUGUCUCCAGUGCCCCGAGUGGCGCCCCCGCUCUGCCCUCCUUCCCUGGGCUGCAGGCGCCCUCCACAGUAGCCGUCACCCCGCUGCCGGUGGCUGCCUCCGCCCCGUCGCCUGCUCCUGUCCUCCCCGGGUUCGCCUCGGCCUUCAGCUCCAACUUCAACUCCGCCCUGGUGGCACAAGCAGGUUUGUCAUCUGGACUCCAAGCUGCGGGUAGCUCUGUUUUUCCAGGCCUUCUGUCCCUCCCAGGUAUCCCUGGGUUUUCCCAGACUCCUUCACAGCCGUCCCUGCAAGGGUUACAGCACAGCGCGGCGGCGCAGUCGGCUUUGUUACAGCAGGUCCAUCCGGCGUCAGCUUUGGAGAACUACCCAGCCCAGCCAGACGGGUUCCCUAGCUAUCCGUCCACACCCGGAACACCAUUCUCUUUGCAACCAGGUCUAUCCCAAAGUGGAUGGCAAUGAAUUUUAAACAUGUUUAUUCUUCUUGGGAACAACAUGAAAUUUGCCCAAGAACUGCAACGAACAGUCUGACAGAUAUGAAAUUGUCCAAUUGUCUGAAAGCUUGUACUCUUAGGGACACUGGGACAGAGUUUAGAAGUUCAGGUUUGUGUUUUUAAAGUGGUUAUAAGUAUCUUUGCCCCCAUUCCUAUACAUGUAGAUAUGCUGGCAAUGAAUUGUAUGGAGAAUAGUAUUUUAAAGUAUGUGGGGACUUUUCACCUCCAUCCUAGAAUUUUGAAUUAUGUGUGUGAUGUACGUAGAUUAUUAAAGAGGAGAUGGAACCCUUCAUAGCCGAA